UCAUUACGAGGACGGUUGGUGGGGGACUGACUCAGUGAAGAAAAGAAAUGGCGAUGCUCGGAGGGCUUAGUGCAGCACAGCAGAAGAAAAACGUCUCUGACGGGAGCGGCGACGUGUCAGAAUUCGUUUGUCCAGUUUGUCUCGAGAUUUUCGAGAGUCCCGUCACAACACAAUGCGGCCAUACGUUCUGCCAGAGUUGUUUGCAGGAGUGUUUGCGUCCACAGAAGCCUGUUUGUGCUGUAUGUAGGGCCGGGCUGGGCCACUGGACUAAAGCUGCCGAGCUUGAGGCCGUCAUCCAAUCAUCUGUGGCUGCUUGCAAAGGAUGUGGAAUGCAGGUUGGCCUUUCUCAGAUGAGAAGCCACACAGCUGCCUGCUCAAAAUACCAGGAAUACAUCGAGGAGGGAGUGAGGACCACUGCCCAGAGCCAGCCUGCCAUCAUCAGUCCAGUACCAAAUCGCUUCACCUUUACCUGCCCAUACUGCAACUGCCAGAACCUCGAUCAGGACGGCCUGGUUGAACAUUGUACUUCUCAGCAUGCUCGUGACGCACGACAAGUGGUUUGCCCCAUCUGUGCCUCAAUGCCUUGGGGAGACCCAAACUACAGGAGUGCUGACUUUUUCCAGCACCUGAAGAUCAGACACACAUUCUCCUAUGAUACCUUUGUUGAUUACUCCACAGACGAGCACACAAUGAUCCAGGAGGCUCUACAGCGCUCCCUUUUGGACAACUGAAGUGUGAAGAACAAUCCACCAGAGGACGAAUCCAGUGAAGUGAGGGGGAGAUGGUGAUGUGAAGUCUUCAGAAGACAGAACAACACACUGUAACAUCAUUCAUCUAUCAUGAGGAUGGUGGUACUGUAUUACUGUGGGUAAUCAGUUUCACAGGGACAUUGGUAUUGUUACUAUGGAUCUAUAGGUUAAUUAUUCAGAAAAUAAAUCACGCAAUAUGGUUAAAAAAAGCAUAUUGUACUGUCUGAUUUAGGAGUGAUAACGUGUUUCUGGUGUGAUAAACUCUUUAUCUUCCCCCCAGUUGAGUGUGUAGACCUGAUAGUUUGUUGAAUAUUUACUAUGUUUGUUCAAGCUGUUUGUUCAUUGAUGACAUGGUGUCAUAUAGCCAAAAACUUCCAAAGUUGUAAUUAAAUUUCCCUGUCGUCAAUACUUGAUGUUAUAAGAGGGUUCGACCACUAGGUGGCUAACUAUUGCCAGCAAAUGACAGACUUCACUCAGUGGGGUGGUCAAGUAAUGUUAACAAUAAUAUAUAAUAAUCUACUCAAGAGUGACUCUGCAUGUUUACUCUCAAAAGAGGAGGGGGAGGGGGGUUGUUUUUGAGUUUAUUAGCAGAAGGAAGCUCUGUCUUUUUUUAUGCUGUUUCUGGGUGUUUGUGCGAGAGAGAGUGUGUUCAUCCUGUUUUCAGAGAUCUACUGGAAAGAAUAAAUAAUAUGAGGGUUAAACAAAGCCAGAGGUUGGCGGUUUGCUUUAUUGUAAUGUUUCUCCCUUAUGUCUUUGUGCCUGCUGGUAGAUCUUGUUUCUGACUUCCAAAACUCUUAGGGCUAAUCAAAAGAUGCAAGUAGGAGACCAUCAGUGUGUCAUAAUCAGUCAGUUCUGUGAUUAUCAUUCAUGGUGAGAUUUUUUUGUUCUGUUUUGCAUGUGUAUGGCCAUAAGGGGGCAGUAGAGUUCCACCGUUCUGUGGCUCUCUGUGACAGCCACUGGCCCUCACCAGCCUCGUGGCUCCGUCGCAAGACAUAAUUCAACACAGAUUUCAUUCUAUAAAUGUGCUUUACUCAAUGUGUUGUUCUCCAGCUUAGUUUUUUUAUAUGCAGCAUAAAAAAUGUCACUGAUCUUUAGAGGUUUUAGUGGGGUUAUGUUAUAGUUUAAACUGAGUGACCAUAACUUUGCUUUUUGACAGUUCGUGACAUUAUUUAAGAUUUUUAAAUGUGACUUACUGUAGUGUGUUUUUCAUACCCCAGUGUCUUGGAUGCUUCAUCAUACACAAAAAGAAAAAAAUCCAGUUUGUUUUGCUGGCGUUCAUACUUCUUAACAUCACUGCCAACAGUUCUGGGGGGAAAAAAUCCACAGUUAUUAUUUGCUGACAGCAUGUGAAGUAACAAGACAUUUCAGUUUGACUAUGCUUGAUGUUUUUCAUUUUUAAGUCUUAAAAUGUGCAUUGUCUGUUAUUGUUUUCCAAUGACUUGUAAUUGUCACGAAUCAAACAUAUAUACAGUGGUGCAAGUCCUCACACACAGUUGCAUUUGUCUUCUACCAACAGGUAAAUAAAACUCAAUACACCCAGAUCAAGUAGCUCUAGAGCAGAACCUUAAUGCCUUUUUCACGUAGUCUUUGGUGCCACUUAGCCCUAUAGAUGUUCGUUUCUCCUCUCCAGUAAAAUGUGUAAUAAUUUUGUAUGUGUUUCUCAUGUACAAUGACCUUUUUUUUCCUUUCUCAAUAUAUCUCUCAUUCUCUUUUGUCAGCCCUACUGUUAGGGGGUGCUAAAUCCUGAUAAAUUAAAGCUCUUUAAUUAUUUAAACCCUG